ACAACAUCACCGCCCACUUGCUGACAGCAGAUCACGCGGCCUCACUGUUUUGGUUCUUAGCUUGGACAGGCGGGGCAGAGAUGGCGGAAGACUGGAAGUCCGGGUAACAACCCCUACCUCCGAGGUAGCGCUAGUUUAUAUGACAUAACAUAUUGGACUUAUCCGGAGAGCUGGCAGCUUUCUACGGCACUGUAUUCCGUCCGGAGGACAUGGAGAUAUCGGCGGAGAGAGAGGAAGAGGAGCGCAGGAAGGAGCAAUGGAAGCUACUGUCCAGCCUGAAGACCACAGUGGAGGGUCUUGUGUCCACCAACAACCCCAACGUGUGGUCACGUUACGGCGGCUUACAAAGACUCCACAAGGACAUGAACAACAUCCUGAGCUAUGGACUAAAGAAUGAGCAGGUGUACUACAAGCAAAGAGACUACUGGCCGUUUGUGUGGUGUGUUCGCUACAUCAGCCCCCACCUCGCCUCGCAUGUUGAACAGUUCAGUCACCUGGAGCCGGUGCUGAGCAGCGGGAUGAGGAGUGCUGGGGAGAGCUACAAGGCCGAGCGCUGGCUCCUUCACAGCUUACAGGUUCACAUGCUGUCUGCUCAGCUCCGACCUCUGCUCCGGCACUUGGGACAUACAAGUAAAUACUAUAAUGGUCAUGCCUUUCUGCUGAGUGAGCCUCAUGUGACCGCCAUGUUCCAGUGUCUGGAAGCCGUGGAGCAGAAUAACCCCAAACUGCUUGCCCAAGUAGACACAUUUGGGCUGUCCCCUCUGAAGGGCCCACCAUGUCUGGGCCUAUUGAAGAGCCAGAGCCUGUGUGUAUUGCCUGGAGCUGGUGCAGCUUGGAGAAACGCUGACUCGGUUCCCAGAAGAGAACCUCUAAAUCGCAGACUCGCCACCUCCAACUGCUCACUUCGAGAAGCAGUCCCCACCAGCCACAACUCUGGGAACACUUUGGGAGUCGGACCCCAAAACAGCAAUAGCACAAACCCUACCUCUGCAGCCAGCGGCACGGGGGCUCCCUGGUUGUGUGAUUCCGGGCCAGGGGAGAGCGAGCAGGGGGCGACGCUACCUCCUGUCCCCGUCUCGAUCCCUGGCAUCUCCCUCCCAGAGUCCCCCUCGCCCGCCUCCUUUCCGCCCGAUGCUGCAGACUCAUGUGACGGCGACUAUGACGACGGUCCGGAGUACCUGGCUAUCGGUAAUCUGGGGCAACGCAGCCGCUGUGACACCCGAAGCUCCACCCACAGCAGCGAGGAGGACUUCGCCCAGGACCUGUCCAUGCAACGGGGUCCUAAAGCCCCGCCCCCACCCAGGCGCUCUUCUUUCUCAGAGGGUCAGAGGGGGCCGGUCCGGGGGUCCCGAGGUCACACCCGCUCGUUAUCUGACGCAGGAGUCAAUCAGAAACUCAGGAAUGAAUCGGCAGGGGAGGACUGCUGCAUAAAGAACUACAGCCCAUUCUCACCUCAGCGCAAGGAUGUCAGCACUCCCAGUUCCCUCUACAUGGAGUCCCAUGGGUCCGAGUGCAGCAGUGUUUCUGAUGGGAUGUUCAGGAAGCCGUCGGAGGGUCAGAGCCUCAUCAGCUACCUGUCGGAGCAGGACUUUGGCAGCUGUGCUGACCUGGAGAAGGAGAACGCUCAUUUCAGCAUCUCAGAGUCCCUUAUUGCUGCCAUCGAGCUGAUGAAGUACAACCUGCGGCGUCAGCAGGAGGCGGGGGAGGAGGAGGGAGACAGCGACUGUGAGAUCCAGCAGCUCAAACAGAAGAUCCGCCUGCGCAGGCAGCAGAUCAGACACAGACGCGUGCCGCCCUGCGCAAACUCCCAGCACAUUCUCAACUCCACUGACAGCGGGGGCUCCAGGAGGAGCUCUCAGGACUCGUACAAGGGCCUCUCUGACUCAGGCUCAGCGGAGGAGGUGGAGGAGUGCGAACUACAAGAUGGCUGUGAGGGUCAGUCCCUGCUGGCGGUGUCUCAGAACGGCCUCUCACUGUCACUCGCCUCACUCUUCUCAGAUGCAGACAUUAAGCGCAGCAUGAGCUCCAGCAACAGGUCUUUUCUAAGCUCAGAGUCCAUAACUCCCGCCUUCCUCCAGUCUAACUCAGCUGAGUCAGUAGCCAUGGGUUUACUCAGGCAGUUUGAGGGCAUGCAGCUUCCUGCGGCCUCGGAGCUGGACUGGCUGGUCCCAGAACACGACGCUCCGCAGAAGCUGCUGCCAAUCCCCGACUCUCUGCCCAUCUCGCCUGAUGAUGGUGAACACGCAGACAUCUACAAGCUGAGGAUCCGGGUGCGGGGCAACCUGGAGUGGGCCCCUCCCCGACCGCAGAUCAUAUUCAACAUUCAUCCUGCCCCCAAGAGGAAGAUAGUUGUGGCUAAGCAGAACUACCGCUGCGCUGGCUGUGGCACUCGCAUCGACCCAGAUUAUAUCAAGCGACUACGCUACUGUGAAUACCUCGGCCGUUACUUCUGCCAGUGCUGCCAUGAGAACGCCCAGGCCAUUGUUCCUGGACGAGUGUUGAGGAAGUGGGACUUCAGCAAGUACUAUGUCAGCAACUUUGCCCGGGACCUGCUGAGCAAGAUCGCCGGAGACCCUCUUUUCAACCCCAAUGACAUCAACAGUGGCCUGUACAAGAAGAACAAAGCUCUGGAGGCCGUCAGGGUUUUGAGGGUGCAGCUGUUUCACAUGAAAAAUCUCUUCAAGACCUGUCGCUUCGCUAAAGAGGUGCUGGACCAGUUCGACAGCCUGCCAGGUCACCUAACUGAAGACCUUCACCUCUUCUCCCUCAAUGACCUCUCUGCCGUACGCAGCGGGGAACUGGCUCCUCGGAUGAAGGAGCUGCUGAAGCUCGGCACCUCGCACGCAGCUGGCUGUGUGCUGUGCCAGGCGAAGGGCUUCGUGUGCGAGUUCUGCGGCAACGAGAAAGACAUCAUAUUCCCCUUCCAGCUGAACAAGUGCCAGCGCUGUGAAGAGUGCCAUGCGUGCUAUCAUCGCAACUGCUUCCGGAAAGGUAAAGACUGUCCUCGAUGUCAGCGGUUGGCAGAGCGGAGGGAGAGGAUGGCACGUAAAAACAUGGAGGAACAAGAAGAUGAGGGAGGUGGGUCUUAGUUCUGGAAACCCAAUAAACCCUAAGACGAGAGAAGAGCAAAAUGCGACCAUGAUUGUAGAGACGGACCACCUCUCUUUGCCUUCAGAUCCUCCGACCUGCUAAACAAUGCUGCAAACAAAUGUCUUGAUCUAAAAGGCUUCCAGAUGUGCAGUUUUGAACACAUCAGGGCGGCAGCUGUGUUUGUAAUGCUGCUGUGGAUUUUCAGAUGCUUUUAGUGUAAGCUAAGCCCCUUUCACACUUGCACGUUACUCUGUGAAUAGAGGAAGGCAGCGUAACUUUGAAUAGAAGACCUAAGUAAAUUUUCCAUGAAAACAAAGUGUCUUUUUUUCAAAGAGAUCGCUAAAAGAAACAUGGCUUUAAAAUCAACAUUUAUUGAUCUAAGUUGAGAUGAAGUUACUAAUUCCUAAUAUAAUUAUUUAAUCACAAUUCCCUUGAACAAGUAAACAUUUCUUUGAUACUUUGGUGACCUCUACUGGCAGUAUCACAAAGAACAUUGAGAGACACAUAAUACACUAAAUUGUUCUAAAGAAAAGUGUAAAAGUCCCUCUGCCUUAUAGGAAUAUUCUACACUGUCCAUGUUGCAGGUACAUGUGUGAAAAGGGCUUGAGAUGUACUAAACCUCUUGGCACUUUGUUCCUCUGUGGUAAAACUAAUAUAUUUGGGAUCUAAGUAGUUCAAAAAACUGUUGUAACCAGGUAAGAUAUUGUUCCUUCCUCCCAUUGCAGCUUCUGGCAACUGCUUUACCUCUGGUGAGACUGUGGGCUACUGGCUUAGCUGAAGUUUGUAUUUCUGAACUAAGGAUCUAUUUUUAAAAAUAUGUAAUAGCAAGUAAAAAAAUGUUUAAAUCUAGUCUAUAUUUUUGACAGAUUUUUCAGUGCAGAUACAGUUUUUGAGCAAUCCUGCCCGUAACGUUGAAGAUUUUAUUUAGAUUUGAAAAUAUUAUAGAUAUUUAACCAAUCCUUUUCCUCGCUCCUUACUGUCCUGUUUUAAAGUCUUUUAGCCAUGCUUAUGUGCCUCUGGGACCAAUGAACUUAUACUGGUAGAGCUAGCAGAGUUACCUUGGAAUGAUGAGUAUAAAGAAGGACUGGACUUCAGAGUUGGAGUUGAAAAUAUUUUAAAUGAAACUGCAAAUGCUCCAUUUUUGUGCUGCUUUGUGUGAGGUGGGUGUGGGUGUGGGUGUGUUUACUACACAAAGCUGUGUGAAAAAGAGUGCUUGUGUGUGUAUGGGCACAUGUCUACCUGCUGUAUGUAGCCAUGCAGAAAUGGUUUGAACCAGCCUAAUCAGCACUGGUUUUCUAACAACGUUUGUCUUUGGAGAGUCGAGGUAAUUGCACUGAUCCUGUCUGUCGCUUGGGGGUGGCGGGGGUGUGAGUUGGGACGUCUCUCUAUUGGGAUGUUUCUGAUGUUCGUUAUAAGAACAUGAACCUUCACCGCGAAAUGGUGCGGUUUGUUGUCACGUGUUAAACGUUUCAGUCCAAAAUAAGAGAGCUACAGUUAAAUAAAGUGAUUCUAUUAACAGGCUGCAAAAUCAUUAUCAAUAGUGCGUCGUCACCUUAUGGACUGAAAUUCUUCACUUUAAGUUGGUUUACACUUUUUGAAUUUUGUCUUGAACAAUGGUUUCAAGACGUAUUGGCCCUUAAUCCAAUAUAUUGCAAAAAUGCUAGCACCUUUAAAACUCAGUAUUUAACACAGUAGUUAAACCAAAUGGCAAGUUUUCUUCUUUGAGAGUUUUAUUUGAAAAACGUAGAGGUCCAAAGUGGUAAACAUAUCCAGUAUUUAAAAGAAAGCAGAAAUAAAUGAAAGCACACGCUUACUUUCAUUAUUUUGUUGCGUGGAACCACUGGUCUGAUAUUCAUUUGAGAUUGAAAAUCUACUAAAACUAAAACUUUUAUUUUGAGUCUUGUUUUACUUCUAGGACUUAUUACUACUGGCUCAGUAGUGGGUAAGAUUAAAUUCCAGAGUAUAUUUUUGAAUAAAUUAUAUAUGACGUUCAAGCCAUAGUUAUAAAUAGGAGAGUUUUGAGAUAACACACUGAUUGAAUCGAACCCUUUACACUGAACUCCAGUUCCAGGUAAAAUUCUUAAUGGAUUAGUCUCCAGGGUACAUACCAUCCUGAUCAGCCUUUGCUGUAUGUGUACAAUCCUUCAAGAGGUAAACAAACUCAUGAGAUAAUACUUAAGCAGUACAUGUGAUAUUUAUGUCCCCAAGCCUCUGAAGAGGAGUAUUUAAAGUGAUAAACUGCACCCAUGUUUAACCUAGACUGCUCCCAAAGGAAACACUCAACUCUUCAGCUCCACUGAGAAGCCUCAACUCAGCAGAUGGUUUUGUCCUUGGACCGCCUUUAAAUGGUGGUGUGCCGAGGUUUAAUGUGCACUACAGAUUAAAGUGUCUAUUAUUAAAAUGGUUCAUUAUUGUUAUCUAAAGAUGAUUUGUGUUCAUUUGUGUUUGUUGUGUAAAUAUGUUCACAAUAAAAGACUGGCUGGACUGUU